CGGGGGGAUAACUCUAAGUUUUGAAGUGAAAGUAGUGUUUCAACCAAGUCAUUCACAUUGGUUGGUAACUUGUAUAUAAUCUAUUAUGAACACAUCUUUGCGUGCAGUUUUCAAGGGAUUGUCAUCUCCUAUUAUGUCCAAUAUUACCAAAAGAUCGUGUAGCUCAUCCACCUAUAAUUUUGAAACAUUAAAAGUAACGAAACCGAGAGAAAAUGUCAUCCAAGUUGAGUUGAACAGACCAGAGAAGAGGAAUGCCAUGAACAAGGCUUUCUGGCGGGAAAUGGUCGGCUGUUUUAACCAGAUAUCAGAAGAUAGUGAUUGUAGGGCUGUCGUGCUAACAGGAGCAGGAAAAAUCUUUACAGCAGGAUUGGAUUUGAUGGAUUUUGAUGGAAUUCAGAUCAUGCAGUCAGAUACAGAUGUCAGUCGGAAAGCUUUUAUUUUUAGAAAACUGAUUCGUGCUUACCAAGAAACAUUUACAGUCAUUGAAAAGUGUAGUAAACCAGUGAUUGUUGCUAUACAUAACGCAUGUGUUGGCGGUGGUAUUGAUAUGAUAACGGCGUGUGAUAUCAGAUAUUGUACAUCUGAUGCUUGGUUUCAGAUCAAGGAAGUUGAUAUUGGCCUGGCUGCUGAUGUCGGAACAUUACAAAGAUUACCAAAGAUCACUGGAAACGAUAGUCUAGCUCGAGAACUAACUUAUACAGCAAGAAAAUUCUACUCUAAUGAGGCAAAAGAGAUUGGAUUAGUCAGUCGUAUAUUUGACACGAAAGAGUCGAUGGUGGAAGGGGCAUUGGAUACAGCCAGUUUAAUAGCAACUAAAAGUCCGAUAGCUGUACAGGGAAGUAAAAUUAGUUUGGUUUAUUCUCGCGAUCACAGUGUACCGGAAGGUCUCGAUCAUGUGGCGACAUGGAACCAGAGCAUGCUACAGAGUGAAGAUAUAGUGAAGGCAGUGACGGCAGGAAUGGAAAAGAAAGAAGCUGUCUUCUCUAAAUUAUAAAAACAUUUUUGUUGAUAAAUUAUUUUUGAGAAUCAUCCAUUUGGAAAGAACCGACUAAUAAUUUCUAAUAAUAACAAUCUCUGGAACAGUUAAAAUUAUUGAGGCUAGCCAGUUACAGUUGUUCAGUCUAAAAUUGUGUGGGAUUUGCAGCACCAAGAAGCUUUGUAAAUUUAUUCUUACCUCUUUUGCAGUUGGGGGGUUGGAUUGGAUGGCUGAAUGGUUAGCACAUGCGCGCUGUAUUAUAAGGUCCGUCAUUGCGUCAGCUGUACCUGACAAGUAGUAGGGUCGCCUGUCCAACCUUGUGGGUUUUCUCUGGUUUCCUGCCACUGCUAAAGACACCUAUACGCUAGCGAAUUAUUGAAAUAAAAUUGAACCAUGUGUUAGUCCCGAAAUGACCUAUUUUGUGUCCAGUGGACAUUAAACCCCAUUUCUCUCUCCCCUCUUGCAGUUAAAAACGAUUUAAAGCAUGCUUACCACCCCUUGAAUAACCCUCAUCAGUUAAAACUAAAACAAUCAGCUCAGGACAAUGUGGACCAAAAGCCUGCAUUCGUAAAAUUCAAAUAUGUGGUGGCUAUUUUUUUUGUUAGGUCUGUUUUUGUAAUGAAAGAAAUAAUCAUAUUCAUAUUUUAUUUUUCUAAAAACGGAAAAUAAUGGUCGUAAAUAUUUUGUUGUAGUUAGAAGAAUUAAAUUGUGUCAGUUUUAUUUUUCUGCGAGCCAUAACCCAUAAACUACUCGACAAGUUGGGGGUGGGGUGUAAAAUCCAAGAUAUUCUCAUCGGGAAUACAACAAUCUGAUUAAAAUACAGAUCUAUA